AGCUCAUUCAGUUGAUUCAGAGUUCUGGACUGGCUGGCUAUCGAGUGUCUGAAGGAAGAAUCAGCGAAAUCCCGAAUCAGCGGAAAUGGAGAGAGACGAGGACCAUCCGGAGAACGUUCAGGAGGGGCAGGAAGAUGAGAUUCCUAAUGUGGAACCACAUGAUUUUUUCCAUGGCGUGGGAGACGGACCCGACAACAGGCUUGUCAUAGCAAUUGAUCCCAUAUGGAUUGAAAUUGCCAAUGUAUUCGAUGAGGGCAACCUCAGGGAGUUAUACCGAUAUGCUACACAAACGGGCGACAACAGACUGGCUGACAACCGAAACUUCAUUCUUGCACACCUCCACAUGCUGAGAGCCCAUCAAAACGGACUGAUAGCCCAGCAACUCGCUGAAGAGAACGUUGCAGUGGCCCCCCAAGAUAUCGAAGAACAGGAUGACGUGGCCUUGUUCAACCCCUUAAAUCAAGAGGAUGAAAAUGAGGAUCUCUACAUUCCUCAUGUUGAGCUAAUCGAUCCAAACAUCCCGAUAUUCAUCUCAGAUGAUGAGGAGGAACAGGAGGACUUUGAGGCUCAGUGGUGGGAUCCCAUGUGGGCCCUAGAGGAUACUGAGGACUCGUCCUCUUUGAGCCUCAGUUCCACCGACUCGAGCAGCUGGGACGACUCUGCAGACAGGAGUGCGCCAACCUCGGGCCACAGCUCGCCAACAAAACGGAAGCGUGAGGACAGCUGUGAGCCUGAGCUGAGAAAGAGACAGAAAUUAGAGGACUCAGAGAACACACUUCCAUCUACCUCAGCCUCAGCUGCCUCAAGGAAGAAUGACGAGGAUAAGGACUUUAUGAACGUGGCUGCCUCCUCUUCAGGAAGCAGCUCUCCAACCAAGACAAAGCGUGGGGAGAGCUGCGAGUCUCCAGAAAAGAAGAGAAAGUCUGAAGAACAGAACUCAGCUCCUUCCUCUUCAGGAAGCAGCUUUCCAAGCAAGACAAAGCGUGGGGAGAGCUGUGAGGCUCCGAAAAGAAAGAGAAAAAAGUCUGAAGAACAGAACUCAGCUCCUUCCUCUUCAGAAACCAGCUCUCCAAACAAGAGAAAGCGUGGGGAGAGCUGCGAGUCUCCAGAAAAAAAGAGAAGAAGGUCUAAGGAACAGAACUCAACUCCUUCCUCUUCAGGAAGCAGCUCUCCAAACAAGACAAAGCGUGGGGAGAGCUGCGAGUCUCCGAAAAGAAAGAGAAAAAGGUCUGAAGAACAGAACUCAGCUCCUUCCUCUUCAGGAAGCAGCUCUCCAACCAGGAAGCGUGGGGAGAGCUGCGAGUCUCCAGAAAAAAAGAGAAGAAAGUCUGAAGAACAGAACUCAGCUCCUUCCUCUUCAGGAAGCAGCUUUCCAAACAAGACAAAGCGUGGGGAGAGCUGCGAGUCUCCGAAAAGAAAGAGAAAAAGGUCUGAAGAACAGAACUCAGCUCCUUCCUCUUCAGAAACCAGCUUUCCAAACAAGACAAAGGGCGGGGAGGGUUGUGAGUCUCAGAAGAGAAAGAGAAGGAGGUCUGAGGAUGAGGGCUCUGCUUCGUCCUCUUCAGGAAGCAGCUCCUCCAGCCCUCCAUCGAGUGACGGCAAUGACAGUAACUCUGACUCCAACUGAGGCGGGACUUGAACUGUGCAGAUGGGGUCAGCACUGCGGUCUGGGCCGGUAUCGGCGACCUUGGGUCAUUUACAUGGUGCUGCUGCUGGGAUGAGGAGGGGAAACCUGAACUGGAGGCUCUCUCAAGCCAACAAGAACCCCAACUUAAUUUAGUCUGUCUGCCACUAAUGCUCAGUCUCUAUAUAUCCAAUAGAAACUUGACUUAAUCUUGAGCAAUGCCAAAUAGAACCAAAAACAUCAAGACAUUUUUAAAGCCACAAUUGACAGUCAACCAAAAGAUUUCAUACAUUUUCUACAAUAACCCAGCUUACUGAUACUCAGUAGACAGUGUAACAACUAACACUGUAAACCCAGUGAAUACAAUAUCAUAUAUGACACUGAAGAAACACUAAAAAUGACAACAAUUUAAAGAAAUAAGACAACAAUGGACUGAGUGCCACGGCCGAGGGAAUUCUCCAUAGCUGUACGUUAUUUCCUCCCCUCCAAACAUUUCUCUCAAGACAAAUAGACACAAGUGUGGCCUUCCUUUCACCACCAUUUUUUGAGUUUGCAAUUUAGACCGACGUGAUUCAUCAUUUACUAGUCGCCCCACAAGUUCCAUCUUCCUUCAGAGCCGUGAGGAAGACAAACCAAACAAACUUCACAAGCAUUGUGUGUUGUUGGGCUGCUGCUGUAUCGU